UGGCGGCCGUCGCAGCACCCUGCGUGCUCCCGAAAAUCACGGGACCGGCCGGCCGGCGGCGGCACCAGCGGGCGCGGGGAGGCCGAGAGUCCGAGGUGUAAAUAGUCUCAUUUGGGCUGAAGGACUGCAUUUGUGGGUCGAAUCUCAGAAUGUCAAGUUCCGUGUCCUACUGGAUGUUAACCUCUGCGAGAUACAGCAUAGCCGCGCUGCAAAGGGGCAGGCGUUUGUACUCCAGAUAUGUCUUGUCCAGAAGUCCAUCAAAAUGGAAGCCCUUCUUGCAGGGACCACCCGCCCUAAGAGAUGAAGUCCUGAGGGGUGGUUUGGCACUGCCAAAAGCCUGCAGACAUAUAUCAACAGAGGAAGAUUUCAACCUGCAGCUCAGCCCUGCGCAGGUCAAUGAGGUGCUUCGUGCCGGCGAGCUGGUGUAUCAGCCUCUUUCCCUCCCCGGUGGAGCCCCAAAUCCGGUGCUGCGGUUUGAGAGCAACCAGCUGGCCGCCAAUUCCCCCGUCGAGGACCGGCGGGGCGUGGCCUCCUGCUUGCAGACCAGUGGCCUGAUGUUUGGCAUCUUCGAUGGACAUGGGGGUCACGCAUGUGCGCAAGCCGUGAGCGAGAGGCUCUUCUAUUAUGUGGCGGUGUCCCUGAUGUCCCAGCAGACCCUGGAGCAGAUGGAGGAGGCUGUGGAAAACAUGAAGCCCCUGCUGCCCAUCCUGCAGUGGCUCAAGCACCCAGGGCAGAGCAUCUACGAGGAUGUCACAUCAGUGCAUCUAGACCACCUGCGGGUCUAUUGGCAGGAGCUGCUCGACCUGCACAUGGGGAUGGGCCUGAGCACAGAGGAGGCCUUGGUACACUCCUUCCAGAGACUAGAUUCUGACAUCUCGCUGGAAGUCCAGGCUCCCCUGGAAGACGAGAUGGCCAUGAACUUGUCGCUGCAGGUGGCCUUCUCUGGAGCAACGGCGUGCAUGGCUCACAUCGAUGGGAUACACCUGCAUGUGGCAAACGCUGGCGACUGCCGGGCCGUCCUGGGUGUGCAGGAGGACAAUGGCCUGUGGUCUUGUGUGCCCCUUAGCUGUGAUCACAAUGCCUGGAACCCGGCCGAGUUGUCCCGGCUGAAGAAGGAGCACCCGGCAUCAGAAGACAGGACCAUCGUCAUGGAGGACAGGCUGCUGGGCGUCCUGAUGCCCUGCAGAGCCUUCGGAGAUGUUCAGUUCAAGUGGAGCCAGGAGCUGCAGCGCAGCGUCCUGGACAGGGGCUUUGACACGGAGGCCCUCAACAUCUACCAGCUCAAGCCCCUCCACUAUUACACUCCCCCUUACCUGACAGCCCGGCCCGAGGUCACCUACCACAAGCUGAGGCCCCAGGAUAAGUUCCUGGUGCUGGCCUCUGAUGGCCUUUGGGACAUGUUGAGCAACGAGGAUGUGGUGAGGCUCGUGGUGGGGCACCUGGCUGAGGUGGGUGGGCACAACAAGUCCGACCUGGCCCAGGGACGCACCAACCUGGGGCUCAUGCAGAGCCUGCUGCUACAGAGGAAAGCCCGCGGGUUGCCCAUCACCGACCACAAUGCUGCCACACAUCUGAUCAGGCACGCUCUUGGGAGCAAUGAGUACGGGGAGAUGGAGGCCGAGCGGCUGAAUGCCAUGCUGACGCUGCCCGAGGACUUGGCAAGGCUGUACAGGGAUGACAUCACGGUCACCGUGGUGUACUUUAACUCUGAUGCACUGGAUGCGUAUUACAAGGGUGGUUAAAGGGUCUUCUAGCCCACGGCCACGGUGAAAGAAAAUGCUCUUCCAAACCUUUUCAUGCAUUCCUAAGCAAGCUUAGCCAAACCUUACUAGUAUAAGGGUUGUCAGAUUUAGCUUGCUGCCUGAUUGACUAAGGUGAGGCAGAAGAACAGCCUCCAUGAAAAACCACAGUAAUCUCAUGACCCCGCAUGAGAUUCUGGGUGCUGCCCCUCUGCGGAGGGCCAGGCUUGGAGAACUAAUAAUUGGCCUGGGCCUGUGGAGUUCUUUGAUAGAGAGGUUGUUAAGCAGACUGUGCAGGCCUUGGCUGGUUCAUUUAAUUAAGGAGCUUCUGAGAUCCAGCUGCAAAAUUUACAAAUAUGAUGAUUUUUUUUUUUUUGUUCAGCCACACUUCUAGGCUACUGAGCUUCAUUUAUUUGUAAAUUUUUUAGUACGAAAGCUUACGUUUACAAUUCAUACUGUAAGAUAACUUGCCUGUGCACUAUUUUAACCUUUGUUGGGAUUGUGAAAAUGUUUUUAAAUAAACUGCAUUCUAAUUCCGUUAGUCUUCUUUUAGCUUGCAGGCAGGCCUGCUGGCAACAUGGCUGGGCUAGGCCCCUGGCCUAGCUAGUGGUGCCCUCUACCAAACCCUCCCUUGAAUCUUUGAGCCAUAGGUAACUUGGGACUAGCCCUUCGCUCUAGUCCAGAAGCAUCUAGCCUUUCUCAUGGUGCCGCUCAAUUGCCCUGUUAAUUCCACCUGAUGCAGACCUAGUGCUGCUUUGCUGAAAGGCCAGCCAUUCUCCACUGCAGCAGCUGCUACUUAGAUCCAGCCUGAAUCCAUUCUUUCACCUCUUCCCUCCGAAAAGUGGCAGGGAGCUUGACUGAAUCUCUUCCAUGUGAGAGUUGUGAUAGAUGGAUAUUUAAGACAGAACAGGUAUAGCCAGUGGGUUGUGGACUUGAGAGCCUGAAUCUGGAGAGGUGAUCAGUGCAGGGCUUGAGAACAGAUACAUACUAGCCGAAGUCUGCUGUCUGCAUCCCAGGAGGCAGUGGGGCGGAGUCUGUUUGAAUAGUAAACCAGG